AUGCGCCUGCGCCCGCCGCGCGCCACGCGCGCUGCAGCGGUGCCCCCCCCCCGCCCGCAGCAGGCGGCGGAGCGGCCGAGCACCGAGACCGCGGCCCCCGGCCCUCGGCAGGUUCCUUCAGGGAAAUCGGAAUCCUUUGCAUCCAUGUUGAGACGCUCUCCUUUAAUUCAGAUGGGACCUGCCAAAGAUAAAAUUGCCAUUGGUCAAAUAUUCCAUAUUGUAGAAGAUGAUCUUUAUAUAGAUUUUGGUGGAAAGUUUCACUGUGUGUGCAAGAGACCAGAAGUAGAUGGAAAAAAAUAUCAGAGAGGAACCCGAGUACGCCUGAGACUGCUGGAUCUCGAACUCACAUCUAGGUUCUUGGGUGCAACAACUGAUACAACCUUGCUGGAAGCUGACGCGGUGCUUUUAGGGCUUGUGGAAGGCAAGCAAACAAAGUAAAAGGAGUAAAUUUCAUGUAAAUAAAUGCAUUUGUGCUUUAUAACAAAUUAUACAGGUGAGAUGUUUCCUUGGAAAAUACAUGAACAGAUUCUGUCAGCUCGGUUAUGUAAAUAAUGAGAUCAAUAAAAGACAAUAAGCACAUUGUACCUGA